AUGAAUAUCAAAGUUACUCUUUUCGUGUCCCUUUUGUUCGUGGUUUGUCUGGAGGCAGCUGAGAAAUCCAAAAGUUUGCCGAUGAGGAGAUGUAGCAACAAUUGGCUGUUUGUCUGGUGUAGAAGACGUGGUGGUGGUGAAUCAGACGGAACAUUGCCGUGUAAUUUCAACUUAUUUGACGCAAACCGUGAUGGAUCCAUUACGCUUGAGGAAUUUCAGAGACACGUGGCUCCAAAAUCAAGACCGCUUACCGAGACUAUUUUCUACAAAAUGGAUGCUGAUGCUGAUGCAGCAAUAACAGAAGCGGAGUUCAAGGACAGUCUGCCAACACUAAAGGCUGAGAAAAUAGCCAACUGCUAGUCAACUUGGGAAGUAAUGCCAAUGGAUUACAGAAAUCCUGGAGAAUAAAUGGACAAAAUAAACCUAAUAGCAUAAUA